GUGCGUUUUUAAAUAUAUCUAAUUAUAACAGAGGGUCCCAUUUGCGCCACGUACGCUUCUGACAUGUAAAUGAGUUCGGGUGAUUUCUCUCCCCCCUUUUUCGUGUUUUAGUCGUGUCACCUCAUCCCACUCAUGCAUUUCUGAUGUUCCGCCGUUAGAAGCUCAACUCACUAUUUCACGCCCGCAGAAAGUGCUCGAGCCCUUGACUCCAGAGAUCCGCCCUCGAUCGCCAAGGCCUUUUUUCUGACGCUUUUUUGCAGGUCCGAAACUCAUCUGAGACCUUAAAUGAGCCAGACUAAUAGGAUUGCCUUGGUCAAGCACUGUAGCAUCCGAGGAGCAUCUGUGAUCCGUGUAUGUGUGUGUGCUGUCCAAUCCAUCUUCGUAACCAACUUACCACAACGCUUUUGGAGAAAUUCCACUCUCACGGUAUAUUGGUUUGGAAAAUGUCCCUAAAGAAUUCCAGGUCAGGAUUUUCUGUCCGCGAUAUUUUAGACCUCCCGGACACGAACGAUGAGGGGUCGGCCACUGAAGACACUGAGGAUGAGGCGGAUGAAGGGCUUUCUGGAAAUCAGCAGCGCGCGUCCUCCGGGGAUGCGCUUUGGGUCGGAUCUCCAUGUGGCCACAAAUCAGUGCCAUCAGCAUCUCCAGAGGAUUUAACUCCAGAACUGUCCACGGAUGAGUCUGCUGAUCGGGACAGAGAGAGUUCAGAGGACGCGGGGAGAAAGCGCAAAAGGAGGAUCCUGUUUUCAAAGACUCAAACCUUUGAAUUGGAGAGGUGCUUCAGGCAACAGAGAUACUUAUCCGCGACUGAGAGAGAACAUCUAGCUAAGAUCUUACAUUUGACUCCAACGCAAGUGAAGAUUUGGUUCCAGAACCAUCGGUACAAAGUGAAACGAGCCCGGACUGAGAAAGGAAUGGACCCGUAUCUACUGUCUCCGCGCAGGGUUUCUGUUCCCGUUCUGCUGCGGGACGGAAGAGUGUGUCAUGUUCUCAGUCCACCGGACAUCACUGCCUUUAAUAUGAAGCAGUUCCCUCAAUUUCAACCCAGUCAUAACAUCUGCCCCAGGAUCAUGACACGUCUGCCAUCUGUCAGUCAUCUGGGCCACAUCCAGCCUUGGUCCUGAUGAAGAGGUGCACGGAAAGCUUUUACGCAGCGGAACUUUGAAAAUAAGAAUCUGUUUCGUCACUCCGUUAAAUUUCUACAAUGUCGAAAUAUCUUUUUUAAAUAAGUUUUUUAUGUUCUUAUGUUUUUUUCCCCGUUGAUUUAUUUUAUUUUCGAUGAAUCUGAAACACUGGGACUUGUUUAAAUGCUGUUUGUAGAUAUAUUUAUUGAUUUUUACAGUGUAUUGAUGAGUUUAAUUUUUUAGCAGUCAGUUUUCGUUAAAUGUCAAACGAUUACAAGUAGAUAACUGACAGUUUGAUAACGUUUAAUGCAAAAUAAUUCUUAGAAAUAGCAUCUUUAGUUUUUCUAUUUUAUUUGUAAACUGAAUCUAUUCUCACUAACCUGUAAUAAACCUUUUUCUCCUAAACUUAUACAUUUUUGUUUUUGUGCUGCAAGAAUGGUUGAAACCAUUUUCUCUGGAAAAAUGAAUAAAAUAAAACACACACACACACACACACACACACACACAAGUAUAAACAAUAUUCCUCGUCAUUACUUUGCGCUUUUAUGUGUUUUUGUUUUGGGCUCAACGCUCCUGUCUGCACCCUAUUAAGAAGACUCCUAGACUUUGAGUUGAUGGGGUGGUAUUGAUGCCCACCCACACCCUACAACUGCCCCAGUUCAAGACUGGUUGGGACAUUUUGUUAUUUAUUACCAUGUUCCCCCUGAUGAUAGACUGUCUGGACGUCUGGAAGUGAGCUAGAUUCUUCAGUGAAACUGUAAUUUUGUGUGUAUGAAAAUAAAAAAGAUAAAAUAAGUUUGUAAUAUGUGAUGUUGCAUAGUGUGUUAAUAAUAAAAAAUAAUAAAAAGUU